AUGGGGCAGGAUGGGGCAGGACGACGGCAGGACGGGGGCAGGACGGGGCAGGACGACGGCAGGACGGGGGCAGGACGGGGGCAGGACGAGGGCGGGACGGGGCAGGACGGGGGGGGCAGGAUGAGCCACCCCUCCCUGAAGUCCUCCAAACCAUCUGAUCCUAAUCCGGCCGGACACCUCGGAGAGCUCUUUCACCUCACACUUAGCCCUCCCUGA